CCCCCCCCCCCCCCCCUUCGCUUUAGACGAGACAACCAGACAUGGCUGGCAGUAACCAACUCAAUCUCAAUGAAUCUAGGAGUGUUGUGCCGCUGAAUACAUGGGUGCUUAUCUCGAAUUUCAAGUUGUCUUACAAUCUACUGAGGCGUGAGGAUGGAACGUUCAAUCGUGAGUUGGCUGAGUUUCUGGACAGGAAGGUUCCCGCGAAUGCAAUUCCUGUGAACGGGGUGUUUUCUUUCGAUCAUGUGGAUAGGAACACGGGGUUGGUGAACCGUGUGUACUUACCGGCCUCUGGGAGAGAGACUCAGUGGGGUAUGAAAGACCUCGAGAGGCCCUUGAGCACUACGGAGAUAGUGCCUGUGAUUAUAUUCUUUCAUGGGGGAAGCUUCUCACAUUCCUCCGCAAACAGUGCUAUCUAUGAUACCUUCUGCCGCCGCCUUGUGAGCAUCUGCAAGGCUGCUGUGGUCUCGGUGAACUACCGCCGUUCGCCGGAGCAUCGGUAUCCUUGCGCCUACGACGACGGCUGGGCGGCAUUGAAGUGGGUCAAGUCAAGGACAUGGCUGCAGAGUGGGAGUGAGUCCAAGGUUCAUGUGUACUUGGCAGGGGACAGUUCUGGUGGGAACAUUGUGCAUCAUGUGGCAGCGAUGGCUGCUGAGGAGGAAAUUGAGGUGUUGGGGAAUAUUCUUCUUCACCCUUUGUUUGGUGGGGAGAAGAGAACCGAGUCUGAGUUGAGAUUAGAUGGGAAAUACUUCGUGAGGCUGCAGGAUCGUGAUUGGUAUUGGAGGGCUUUUCUGCCUGAGGGAGAGGAUAGAGACCACCCUGCUUGCAACCCCUUUGGACCAAGAGGGAAGAGCAUUAGGGGACUCAGUUUCCCCAAAAGUCUUGUUUGUGUCGCUGGUUUGGAUCUGCUACAAGACUGGCAAUUGGCAUAUGCAAAAGGUCUUGAGGAUUCUGGCCACCAGGUCAAACUUCUUUACCUCAAGGAUGCCACUAUUGGCUUCUACUUCUUGCCAAAUAAUGAUCAUUUCUAUUGCCUCAUGAAGGAAAUCAACAACUUCGUCAACUCUAACUAUUAAUAUACCAUUAGUACUACUACCACUACUUAACCUUACCUUACUUACACGAGGCAUACAUAACUAAAAGCUUGACAUUUUACUUGGCUUCUCUUUCUUUUCUUUUUUUUUCUUUUUUUUUUCCACUUUUGUAUUUUGUCUUUACUUUGUAGUGAGGGUGUGUAGUUAUAAAAUUGUGUAGCAUUACAUAUAUUAUUGUCAUAACAUCCAUGGUGGUCAAUUUGAGAGUUCUGUAACCUGGGGACUGCUGCUUCCUGUUCCCUCUGUUUGUCUUUUGGAAGGUAGCAACUAGCAGCAGCACCAGCUUCGGCAGUACCAGAACUCGGUUCAUUUGGGGGGUUUGGUGGAGCCACCGUAUACAACGCUUUACCCCCCCUUUUUAACGUUUUGAGCUCGAUAUAGCAGGAGGGGAGAUAGAAGAUGAGGAUUGGUUGAUCACUUUGUUUGAUUAAGUGAAUGUUUUCCUGUUGUAGUACUAAUUACUGAAUCAAUGUGAAGUGGAGAACAUCCCAACCUGUUAUGAAUUUGUAUGUUAAAUAUGUAUACCUAUGUUAUAUAAAUGUCUUGGAUGCUUGGGUUUGCAUUUUAGUUGGAUUCUC